GGGCCGGGCGGAGCGGCGGGGCUGUCGGAGCCACCCGCGAGGUGCAGCGCGCACAUGGGGACGCACCGCAUCGUGCUCUCGGGCCCCGGGCCCUGGGGCUUCCGCCUGGUGGGCGGCCGCGACUUCGAGCAGCCCCUCGCCAUCUCCCGGGUGACUCCAGGCAGCAAAGCUGCAAUAGCCAACUUGUGUAUAGGAGACCAGAUCAUAGCCAUUGAUGGAGUGAAUACAGAUAACAUGACGCACCUUGAGGCACAGAACAAAAUCAAGGCUUGCACAGAUGAACUGACUCUGACAGUCAGCAGAACAGAGGCAAAAGUCUGGUCACCACUUGUAAGCGAGGAGGGAAAGACACAUCCUUAUAAGAUGAAUCUGGCCUCUGAACCACAGGAAAUAAGGCACAUAGGAAGUGCACACAAUCGGAGUGCAGUGCCCUUCACUGCUGCCACAGCUUCUGCCCCCAGGGUGAUCACUGCUCAGUACAACAGCCCAGCAGGCCUCUACUCCUCAGAGAACAUCCAGACCUUCAACAGUGCGGUGGAGACAAAAACGUCACCUGGGGCCCUGGAGCCUACCAAGCCCCGCCCAUCGCCGGUGGGCGCGAUGCAGGCUCCCAUCGCCUCCGUGUACGACCCUCUGCAGAGCUCCGAGCUGCGGCGCAGGCACAGCACCUCCUCCAGCCCCAGCCAGGUCCGAGUGGGGCCUGAGCAGCUGAAGCAUGCAGCCCAGGUCUGCCCCAACAGCCCUGUGGAAGUGGAGGUGCCGGGACUCAAAGUGCUGCACGUGCAGUUCAAUUCUCCCCUGCAGCUCUAUUCGCAAAGCAACAUCAUGGACACCCUGCAGGGGCAGAUCUCUUCUGUUAGCCCUGAUUUCCCCAGUUUAGAUCAGCAUAACCAGACCCCAGGCAGCAUUGCCAUAGACAGACAAUCUGAGGUUUACAAGAUGCUGCAGGAGAAUCAAGAGUCAAAUGAGCCACCCAGACAGUCUGCUUCGUUUCUUGUGUUGCAAGAGAUCUUGGAGUCAGAGGAGAAAGGAGACCCUACCAAACCGUCUGGAUUUAGGAGCGUCAAAGCCCCUACCACAAAGGUGGCCUCAUCGAUUGGGAAUGCCCAGAAGCUGCCCAUGUGUGACAAGUGUGGAUCUGGCAUUGUAGGGAUGUUCGUGAAGAUCCGGGACAAGCAGCGUCACCCCGAGUGCUACGUGUGCAGCGACUGUGGCACCAAUCUCAAGCAGAAAGGACACUUCUUUGUGGGAGACCAAAUCUACUGCGAGAAGCACGCACGGGAACGGGUGACUCCCCCAGAGGGCUACGAGGUGGUCACUGUCUUCCCAAAGUAAACCAUGCUGCUCACAAAGCCAGAAGGAUGAUUUAUCCUCUGCUGAUUUUCCUUGGAGAGCAUUAUCCCUACCCCCUGCAGAAUCUUGUUUGCAAUAAGGAAUGCUAGGCAUGGCUUUGAAUUUCCUUGUCAUUAUUAAUCCUCCAUCUGUUCACAUGAGAUGUCACUAAUUGUUCAACAUUCUUUUCAUCCUCUCUUUUACUUUUUUCUUAAUAAACAGAAUUUUUUUCCCUUCAUUGUGCUGUCAAUCACACAGGAAAAUCAGAGGCCAAAGUCAGAUUACAACUUUUCUGUGUUCUAGUUAUUUGCCAUCUGUUUGCCUGCAAUAAAUGGGGUGAAUCCACAAGGUA